AUGUCGCAUAGUAAGCACAAUACAUCGCUCGCCUUCUUUACAGCCCACGAACGCGAAGAGCUCAAGGGCACAUGGGGCUCAAAGUCCACUCGACUCACACGAGAUUCCUUUCUUCCCUUCGGCUCUUGUCGCCUGUGUCUAUUGACCGCUCGCGAUCCUGUAUCUUGUUCUUCCCACGGCCAUAUUUUCUGCCGAGAAUGCGCCCUAUCGAACCUGCUCGCCCAGAAGAAGGAUAUCAAACGUCUUGACAAAGAGUACAUCCUCAAGAAAGCAGAGGAGGCCGAAGCCGAUCAACUCAAGAGAGAACAAGAGAAGGAGCGCGCCGUUCAAGACUUCGAGCUUGUUCAACAGGGCUUGAACAGUAAACUCGGUCCCGGAAAUGCUGCUGCCAGACACAUCAUCGGACGAGAAGCUGGCAAGGUCAUCGUCGACGAACAAAAUCCCGACAACAAAGGCACCAAGCGCAAGCUAGAGAUUGAUGAAGACGAGCUGAUGCGUCUGGGUGGUCAGAACACAAAGUUGAAGAAGGAUGAUCAGAAUCCCAUCGACCAGAAAGCUGCCACUUCUUUCUGGAUUCCCUCCUUGACUCCAUCAAGCUCUACUGCUGCGACAAAGCCGACCAAGUUGAAUCCACAAUGUCCGGCUUCAACACCAGACAAGCCUCACGACUUUUCCUUGAAGUCGCUAGUCUCUGUUUACUUCACCGAAGAGAAGGCCGAAGCUUCCAAUGACCUCGUUCGCUCAUGUCCUUCAUGCAAAAAGGCACUGACCAAUUCCACAAAAGCAGUAUUGGCCAAGCCUUGUGGUCAUGUUCUGUGCAAGCCUUGUUCUGCCAAAUUCAUGAAGCCGUCAGAAAAGGACGCUCACGAUGCAACAGCAGAGGUUGGGGUGGUAAGAUGUUACGUUUGCCAGACCAAUGUCACUGAGAAGAAGCGCGAAAAGAAGGAGGGCAAAGAGGAGAAAGAGAAGAUCAGACCGGGUCUAGUAGAGAUCAGCUCUGAAGGCACUGGUUUCGCUGGAGGAGGCAACAACAUGGUCAAGAAAGCCGGUCUGGCUUUCCAGGUCUAG